AUGGCACCGCUUUCCCUACUUUUCUGCUUAGUCUCUUUAGUCCUGCUGUAUAAGGCAGAAGGAGGCAGGUGGAACAAUCAGAUCAGGUCUCCUCUUUCCCCGGAACAUCUGUCGGCUUUGGGGGCUAAGGAAGCUGCCCAGCGAGCGAGCGACAGCCACGCAAAACUCAGAGGAGAUACCCUCUCUGCUCACUCUUUGGUUCAGCAAUUGGUGGAAAAAACGAAUCGGGCUUCUCCCGCCACCGGAAGUAUCCCUCAGUUGGGAGCUCUUCCGGAAUCAGAGUGGGAUUACAAAGAGCAUGGGGCUGACUGGACACAGGGAAAAUGCAAGACUGGAACACGCCAAUCUCCUGUAGACCUUCAUAUUGAAGGUCUUGAAGAGCCAGCUAAAAAGAACAUGACGGAGUUGUACGUAGGUGCCUUCUCUGGUGAACAAACAUCCUCUUGGUCGAAUAAGUUGUGGAAGAAGGGGGAUUUCUUCUAUACCUAUCCUAACCAAUUGAAUAGUGUCCUUUUGUAUAGAACGGAUAAGGUAUUCCAAAUCCGUUCUGCCGGUGAGGGUCUCGUUCCUCUUGGUGCUAUGUUUGGGUCUGACACGACUGAAAUGUUCGUUGCACAUCAGAUCCUUUUUCACUCUCCUAGUGAGCAUACUUUUCAGGGGGAAGCUAACAGGAGGGAAAUUGAGAUGCAAAUAUGGCACUACUCAAACGACUUGUUGUCAAUGGAGGCGAGCAAGAGUGUAAAUCUGACAACACUUCCAUAUUUGGCUUUAUUCGCUCAAAGCAGCAUCAAUCUUCCCGAUGUAGAACGAGCAAUGGCUGAAAACAGCAAAAGCGGAAAAGAUCCUUUGCUUCCCUCCUCCCACUGGAGGGUUAUCUCCCUUACGUUCAUGAGCGAAGAGCUGGAUCAGGCCAGUCUGGAAGAACUGAGGGGACUUCCAUCCGAAAGGCUGUUGAGAACACUACUAAUGGCUGAUGGGCUAAGCAAAGAAACCCAUGGAGGUUCUGAGGUUCUUGAGCUGACUCACCCUUUGAAUCUGCAGUCGCUGAUGAUGAUGCUGCAGUUGACAAAUCAAGAAUUUUUUGCUUACGACGGUAGCCAGACUAUGCCUGGUUGUGAAGAGAACGUCAGAUGGUAUGUCGCUCGCCAGCCUCUCCCCGUCGCAACAGACACCAUGCUGAGGUUCUACAAAAUGCUAAAUCCCAAAAGCCUCAAGUCAGUGAAGGAGAAGGAUGGAAACUUCCGGCAGCUGCAGAAUGUGGAAGGCAAUAUGCACAAUGACGGUAACGUUUUCCUCGUGCAGGGGUUCCCUCUACAAGUGCUGAUUGCGGAUAGUCUGGGAUUUACAAAUAUGUCAGACCAGGCAGAGGUUUCCGCUAGCUCGUUCCAGGGGUGGCUUCAAGAAAGCAAAGCAGCUCCAAAGCACAUGUGGCUUGCCUUCUGGACAAUCGCUGCGUCAUUGUCUAUAAUUGCACUGUUGUGA